AUGAAUUCGAGAAGUAACAUGUUCCAGAUAUUAAGGAAAGAGGAUAAAAUAAAAAAAAAAAGCAAACAAAUUAAAGAAGAUCAAGAAAAAAAAGAAAAAGGUAAAGAAAAUGAAAAGAAGGAGGUAGCUAACUUUUCUUUUGACAUAAGUAAAUAUUCCUCUUGGGCAGAUAUGGUUGAUGAAUAUGAUGAGUUUUUUUAUGAAAUUGACAAAUUAAAGGAGCAAGGUGAAAAUGGAAUAAAUAAAAAUCAGGAAAAAAAAAAAAAAAAAAAAAAAAAAAAACCUAUUGAAGAAAGUGAUGAGUAUAGUAGUGAUUCAGAUAAAUCAGAUGACAUCGAAAAUGAAGAAAAUAAUUUAAAUUCAAAUAAAAUGAAUAUAAAUGGAAAAAAUAUUAAUAAUACUCCUAAUAAAAAUAAGCCGAAUUUACCAGAAAAAAAGAAAAAGAAAAAGAAAGAAAAAGAAAAAUUUGAUAAUAUAUUAUUAGAAUUCGCAAAAAGUAAUAACAUAAAUAUAAACAAUGAAAACACAAAAGAAAACGACAAACCAAAUGAAACUGAACCUACAAAUUCCCCAAUGGGUAAAGACAGAAAUGAGUAUAUCAAUGAUCAGAAAUUUGAUGAUAAUGAAAAUGUUAAUAAAUUAAAAAAAAAAAAAAAAAAAAAUAAAAAGAUAAAGAUGAAAAUAAAAAGGACAACGGAAAUACAAAUAAUCAAAAUGAGUCCCAAAAUAAACAAGUUAAUUCUUGAUAUCGGAGUUAAUGAAAAAAUAAAAUUAUUAAUGAAUAAAGUUCAAAGUAAAAAAAAAAAAAGAGGUAAAGUUGAUGAUAUUAUAGCUAUUGUUGAAAAGGAAGAAAAUUUAAAAAAAAAACAACAGGACAAAUUAAAACAAAAAGAAAAACAAAAGUUAAAAUUAUUACAAAAAUCGAUGCAAUAA